CUUCCUCAACAAGUCGAGAUGCCUGGUGGGUACAAAGGAGAAUGUGGGGACGAUGUGGAUCCCAUGCCAUUUCUGGCACCCCCAGAGAAGGAGAGGAUUGAGGCCAUGAACAAGCCUUAUGACAUCAAGAAGUCCUGCUGGGUAAAGGAUGAGAAGGAGGGUUUCGUCGCAGGGGAGAUCCAGUCUGAACAAGGAGACCAAGUCACCGUAAAGACGGUCACCAAUCAGACGGUUACUAUGAAGAAAGAAGAUAUCCAACAGAUGAACCCUCCCAAGUUCUACCAGGCCAAUGACAUGGCUGACAUGACCUUUCUGAAUGAGGCCAGUGUCCUGAACAACCUGCGCCAACGCUACAUCAACAUGAGGAUCUACACCUACUCGGGGUUGUUCUGUGUGACCGUCAACCCCUAUAAGUGGCUGCCCAUCUAUGGAGCUCGAGUGGCCAACAUGUACAAGGGCAAGAAACGCACUGAAAUGCCUCCGCAUCUCUUCUCCAUUUCUGACAACGCCUACCAUGACAUGCUCAUGGAUCGUGAAAAUCAGUCUAUGCUAAUCACUGGAGAAUCCGGUGCCGGCAAGACUGAAAACACAAAAAAGGUCAUUCAGUAUUUUGCCAAUAUCGGAGGCACAGGCAAACAGUCUACGGACGGUAAGGGAUCCCUGGAAGAUCAAGUCAUCCAGGCCAAUCCCGUGCUAGAGGCCUUUGGGAAUGCCAAGACUAUCAGGAACAACAAUUCAUCUCGCUUUGGCAAGUUUAUCAGAAUCCAUUUUGGCCCUUCUGGCAAACUGGCUGGGGCUGACAUAGAGAGUUAUCUCUUAGAGAAAUCUCGGGUCAUUUCCCAGCAGGCAGCUGAGAGAGGUUACCAUAUCUUCUAUCAGAUCCUCUCUAAUAAGAAGCCUGAACUUCUUGAAAGUUUGCUGCUGGUGCCCAAUCCCAAGGAAUACCAAUGGAUAAGCCAGGGUGUUACUGUAGUCGACAACAUGGAUGAUGGUGAAGAGUUACAGAUCACGGAUGUUGCUUUUGAUGUUCUGGGAUUCACUGCAGAGGAGAAGAUUGGUGUCUAUAAACUGACUGGGGGCAUUAUGCAUUUUGGAAACAUGAAGUUCAAGCAGAAGCCACGAGAGGAGCAAGCAGAAGUGGACACCACUGAGGUGGCUGAUAAGGUCGCCCACCUCAUGGGCCUCAACUCCGGGGAACUCCAGAAGGGCAUUACCCGGCCUCGAGUGAAAGUGGGCAAUGAAUUUGUGCAGAAAGGUCAAAACAUGGACCAGUGCAAUAACUCUAUCGGUGCUUUGGGCAAAGCCAUCUAUGACAAGAUGUUUAAGUGGCUGGUCGUCAGGAUCAACAAGACCUUAGACACCAAGAUGCAGAGGCAGUUCUUCAUCGGGGUGCUGGAUAUUGCCGGCUUUGAGAUCUUUGAGUUUAACAGCUUUGAACAACUGUGCAUUAAUUUCACCAAUGAGAAACUACAGCAGUUCUUCAACCACCACAUGUUUGUGCUGGAGCAGGAGGAGUAUAAGAGAGAAGGCAUUGACUGGGUCUUCAUUGACUUUGGCCUGGACCUGCAAGCGUGCAUUGACCUUCUGGAAAAGCCCAUGGGCAUCUUCUCCAUUCUGGAAGAGCAGUGCGUGUUCCCGAAAGCCACGGAUGCCACUUUCAAGGCUGCCUUGUAUGAUAACCAUUUAGGAAAAUCAAACAACUUCCUUAAGCCCAAGGGAGGUAAAGGCAAAGGGCCAGAGGCCCAUUUUGAGCUGGUCCACUACGCCGGCACCGUGGGUUACAACAUCACUGGCUGGCUGGAGAAAAAUAAGGACCCACUCAAUGAAACAGUGGUGGGCUUGUUCCAGAAAUCCAGUCUGGGCCUCCUUGGCGUCCUUUUCAAAGAAGAAGAGGCUGCAGCUGGGAGCAAGAAACAGAAAAGAGGAUCUUCCUUCAUGACUGUCUCCAACUUCUACAGGGAGCAGCUGAACAAAUUGAUGGCCACACUGCACAGCACCGCCCCCCACUUUGUCCGAUGCAUUGUCCCCAAUGAGUUCAAGCAGUCUGGGGUGGUGGAUGCUCAUCUGAUCAUGCACCAGUUGGCGUGUAACGGCGUCCUCGAAGGCAUCCGUAUUUGCAGGAAGGGCUUCCCCAACAGGCUGCAGUAUCCUGAAUUCAAACAGAGAUACCAAGUGUUGAACCCCAGCGUGAUCCCACAGGGAUUUGUGGACAACAAGAAGGCCUCAGAACUGCUGCUUGGCUCUAUCGAACUAGAUGUGAAUGAAUACAAAAUCGGACACACCAAGGUGUUCUUCCGGGCUGGAGUCUUGGCCAAGCUUGAAGAUAUGCGAGACGACCGUCUGUCAAAGAUUAUGAUCAUGUUGCAGUGCCAACUUCGGGGUUACCUGGCGAGGAUUGAAUUCAAGAAGAUGCUAGAUAUGAGAAUCGGCCUGACAGUCAUUCAGCGGAAUGUUCGCAAGUUCCUGCAACUGCGGUACUGGGGCUGGUGGAAACUCUAUAACAAGGUGAAGCCCCUCCUGAAUGUGGCCAGGCAGGAAGAAGAGAUGAAAGCAAAGGAAGAAGAGUUGAGGAAUGCGAUGGCCAAGACACAGGAGCUGAUCAACCGCAUCAAGGAACUGGAGGAAAAAUCAGCUACCCUCGGCCAGGAGAAGAAUGACCUGACCAUCCAGCUUCAGGCUGAACAAGAGAACCUGUCGGAUGCGGAAGAGCGCCUGACCCAGUUGAUGAAGACCAAGAUGGAGUUGGAGAGCCAGCUCUGCGACAUGAGGGAGCGGCUGGAGGAAGAAGAGGGCACCGCGGCCUCCUUGAGCGCUACGAAGCGCAGACUGGAAGGGGAGAUGAGUGACCUGAAGCGGGAUCUGGAAGGCCUGGAAACGACCUUGGCUAAGACAGAAAAGGAGAAACAGGCACUGGAUCACAAAGUGCGUACCUUGAGUGGCGACCUCUCCUUGCGCGACGACUCCAUCACCAAGCUCCAGAAGGAGAAGCGGGCCUUGGAUGAGCUUCACCAGAAAACUCUUGAUGACCUUCAAGCUGAGGAGGACAAGGUGAACCACCUAACCAAGAACAAUAGCAAACUUGGGACUCAGAUACAUGAGUUGGAGGACAACUGGGAACAAGAAAAGAAGAUCCGGGCUGAGGUGGAGAAAGCCCGUCGGAAGGCCGAGAGUGACCUGAAGAUGACCAUCGACAACCUCAAUGAGAUGGAAAGAUCAAAAUUAGAUCUGGAGGAGGUGGUUAAGAAGAGAGACAUGGAAAUAAAUUCUGUCAACUCAAAAUAUGAAGAUGAGCAAUCCUUGAAUUCCACACUGCAAAGAAAGCUAAAGGAACACCAGGCCCGUAUCGAAGAGCUUGAAGAAGAAUUGGAAGCUGAACGUGCUAUGCGAGCAAAGGUAGAGAAACAACGUAGCGACCUGUCCCGGGAUCUUGAAGACCUCAGUGACAGGCUGGAAGAGGCUGGAGGUGCCACAUCUGCGCAGAUCGAACAGAACCGCAAGCGAGAAGCCGAACUGCUGAAGCUGAGGCGGGAGUUGGAAGAGGCAGCCCUGCAGAGCGAGGCCACGGCCUCUACCCUACGCAAAAAGCACACGGAUUCCAUGGCUGAGCUAUCGGAACACGUGGAGAAUCUCCAGAGGGUCAAGUCCAAGUUGGAGAAGGACAAGCAAGUCAUGAAGGCCGAGAUCGAUGACCUCAGUGCCAGCAUGGAGACAGUACAGAAAUCUAAGGUGAAUGCUGAGGCUCAUGUCCGCAAGCUGGAAGACAGUUUGUCUGAGGCUAAUGCUAAAGUGGCUGAACUGGAACGGAACCAAGCAGAAAUUAAUGCCAUUAGGACCAGGCUCCAAGCUGAGAAUGGGGAGCUGAGUCGGGAGCAUGAAGAAUCCCAGAGCCGGCUUAAUCAGAUCAUCCGGAUGAAGACUUCCCUGACCUCUCAAGUUGAUGAGUUCAAGAGGCAGCUGGAUGAAGAGUCUAAGUCCCGCAGUGCCGCUGUCGUGAGCCUGGCCAACACCAAGCACGAUCUGGACCUCAUCAAGGAGCAACUGGAGGAGGAACAAGCGGGCAAGUCUGAGCUGCAGCGCCUGGUCUCCAAGCUCAAUACUGAGGUGACCACCUGGAGGACCAAGUACGAGACUGACGCCAUUCAAAGAACCGAGGAGCUGGAAGAGACCAAGAGGAAAUUGGCUGCAAGGCUCCAGGAGGCAGAAGAGACCGCAGAAGCAGCCCAGGCCCGUGCUGCGACUCUAGAGAAAAACAAACAGAGACUUCAGGCAGAAGUAGAGGACCUAACUAUUGACCUGGAGAAGGCCAAUGCAGCGGCUGCCGCCCUCGACAAGAAACAGCGGGUCUUUGAUAAGAUGCUGGCUGAGUGGCAGCAGAAGUGCGAAGAACUGCAGGUGGAGGUGGACAGUUCCCAGAAGGAGUGCCGGAUGUACAUGACGGAGAACUUCAAGAUCAAGACCGCCUACGAGGAGUCCUUGGAGCACCUGGAAUCUGUGAAGAAGGAGAACAAGACCCUCCAGGAGGAGAUUAAGGAUCUAAUCGAUCAGCUGGGAGAGGGAGGUCGGAGUGUGCACGAGCUUCAGAAGUUGAAGAAGAAGCUUGAGAUUGAGAAGGAAGAACUGCAGGUGGCUCUAGAGGAAGCUGAAUCUUCCCUGGAGGUGGAAGAGAGCAAAGUAAUCCGUAUUCAACUGGAGCUGGCUCAGGUGAAAGCUGACAUAGAUAGAAGAAUCCAUGAGAAGGAAGAGGAAUUUGAGGCUACAAGGAAGAACCACCAACGGGCAAUCGAGUCCUUGCAGACCAGCCUGGAGGCCGAGGCUAAGGGACGUGCAGAAGCCCUCCGGCUCAAGAAGAAAAUGGAGACGGAUUUGAACGAAAUGGAAAUCCAACUGGAUCACGCGAACAAGAACAACAGCGAGCUGGUCAAGACGCUGAAAAGGCUGCAGCAGCAAAUCAAGGAUCUCCAGGUCCAGAUGGACGAGGAUGCCCGCCAACACGAAGAGCUCCGGGAGCAGUACAACCUCCAAGAGCGUCGGCUGAGCCUGCUGCAGACCGAGUUGGAAGAAGUGCGCUCUGCUCUGGAGGGGAGCGAGCGGUCUCGCAAGCUCUUGGAACAAGAAGUGGUGGAGAUCACGGAGAGGCACAACGAGGUCAACAUCCAGAACCAAAGCUUGCUGGUGAUCAAACGUAAGCUCGAAUCUGAUGUCCAGCGCAUCUCCAACGAACACGAAGAGCUCCUCAGCGAGUUCCGGACAGCAGAUGAGAGAGCCAAGAAAGCGAUGGCUGACGCGUCCCGCAUGGCUGAAGAAUUGCGGCAGGAGCAGGAUCACUGCAUGCACCUGGAGAAGAUCAAGAAAAACUAUGAGAUCACCAUCAAGGACCUUCAGGCCAAGAUGGAAGAGGCCGAGCAACUGGCCCUGAAAGGAGGAAAGCGUACAAUAAUGAAGCUGGAGGCGCGGAUCAAGGAAGUGGAAACCGAACUGGAUGCGGAGCAGAAACGGCACGUAGAGACGGUCAAAGUCCUGCGGAAAAAUGAACGCCGUCUCAAAGAACUGGUCUUCCAAACGGAUGAGGAUCACAAGACCAAUCAACGCAUGCAAGAGCUGGUGGAGAAGCUGCAGAACAAGCUGAAAGUCUACAAGAGGCAAAUUGACGAAGCCGAGGAACAGGCUAACCAGAGCAUGGCCAGGUACAGGAAGACCGUGCACGAGCUGGACGAUGCGGAGGAACGAGCGGGCAUGGCCGAAUCCGCUCUGAAUAAGCUGCGCUCCAGGCAUCGCGUCUCAAGCAAAGGAAUCACCGCUGUGGAGAUCAUCCAAGUGUCCAAGACCGGGUCCUCCAAAAAUAUCUCUGAGGAAUAAGUGCCCUUCGGCAGCAAGAUCACACAGAUACUGUCGAGAACGCUCACUGUAGAAAUGAUGCUAGAGUGGUGAAAAUAGAGGACUAAAUCCAUCCAGAAGGGCAGGGAGAGAGGGCGGGAAGAAAUGGAAAAAUACACGAGUGUCCGAAUGAAUGAGUUUAGGAAUUUAAAUGCCCUUCGCUCGUCGGGACCUGAAAUCCGUGUCGCUUCUCUGAUUCCCGACGCCAUCCAACACCUAGAUGUUUGUCAUCGAUCAAGAUGAGUGUUUCUUUACUUGAGAUUUACAUGUUCACGUCAAGGACGGAAUGUGUAAAGUAUCUGUGUAACGUGGCUGUUUCCUGUAAAUAAUUCCUCACUCGCAUAGUUUUAGUGCCUAGCCUGAAUGAAGCCGUAGUAAAAGAAACACUGACAAAACGA